GAGUGGAAAGGGACAGCUCAUUUAAUUGUUCUUCAUGACCUGCAAUAAUCCCACGGUUAGUACCUUUGUGGGACUAGCAUUAUCCUAAUACCCCAUCCUGCAAAAGGCAAAGAGAAAAAUUCAAAACUGACAAUUUUGCUGUAGGAUCAAUGCCACAGUCCACAACCAUACAAUGUGUCCGGUUAAUAAACAACAGGGAAAACUACAUAACCUGUAAAGGUUCUGCACUCCUGCCUCAGGCGCUGAUUUUCCUAUCUGUUGGUGCUGUGUAUUGUCUACUACCAUUGUUUUGUCACUGUAGCUCGCUUUGGGAUGAGUUAAAGCUUCUUUAUGCUCUCUGUGAAAAGGGUUUUUACAAGCUGUCCAGCAAAGAACUUGGGGUGAUUCAACUCCCACUAGGACCACAGGCUAUCAGGAUUAAGCUGCUACCAUGUAAAAUGGCGGUCCAUAAUCAUAUUUAUGCACUUCCAUAGAAAAAGGUUCAAAAUCUUCUCUUUUUGCUUUGCUUGAUUCCUAACCAUAGAAGACCGAGAUAUGAAUAUGCUGGGAUACAAAUCAAUUUAUCUGAGAUAGAAUAUAUAGAGAGAGGUAGGUGAUGUUUGAGCAAUGCUUCUAUAGCAAAGAUGGUGGAUCUUACAUGAACCUUUUCUACUACUCUUUGUAAAUUUUUUGUUGGUAUUUGUUUGUUUGUUUUGUCUACUUCCUUCAUGGUUUGGACCUUCUGAAUCUUUGUACGGUGGAUUAUUGCUUUUGCAUGCUUGCAUGUCUCUUUUCUUCAUCCCUUUUCAGAGAAUAUACAGAGUUGAAGAGU